AUGACACCCGAACAAACCAGCAACUUCUCCAAAGAAGUCAACAAUGAAUUCCAGAAGAGUGAUCCCUUCAGAGAAAUGCCUGGUGGAGUUGCCAUCUACACGGGCUCCGUACAGGGUUUGAAGAGUGUAGGACUCGCUUACACCGUGGAUUUCGUUGGAGAUUUGCCUGAAUCCAGGAGGCCUGCUGUUCUCAGUGCCAUCGAAGAAGCUUGGCAUCAAUUAAAUCCAGAUUGUGGUUGUCAGUUCAAGGCCACCAUGCUUCAAACACAGGAAUUCACUGGGGAUUACAGCACGACGGUGAGCAGGGUGUUCUACACCAUGGCAAGGGAUGGGGUGAUUCAGGACCCUGACUCGGUUCAGCCACCCUCUCAAGCCGUCCUAUUGAACACUUUACAGCGUGACACAAACGUCAACUCGGUGUAUGUCGGCGAAACACUCAUUCCGGGCAACCGGCGCCACAGUCUUCUGUUGAACAGAGUUGUGGACAUAGAUGGCAACGACAGAAGACUCAUCGAAGACAUAAUCACAACGGGAUGGCUUAACUGGAUUAAUCUAGUCCUCGGAAACCUCGGCAGUGCACCCUUCGAAGUGGUUCUCCUCAGACCGCGGAUGUACUACACACAGGACGGAACACAGCUGUCAAUGGUUCAGUACUAUGUCGUGGUGAAUAACACCAUAGUCAUCGGCCCACAGACUGCUAACCUCACUUUAACUGGCUCUUUGGUCUGUGACUGUGACGCACUUCCGGUUCCGUUUGUUGAUGUCAAAGGGCAAUUGACGUUAACCCAGCUGCAGACAUUCGGAUCAUACUUAAACCCGUUUGAUAGGACUGGAUCGACCAUCAACACAGAGACCUUUCGCAACACUGUCGGCGAGGAAGUGACAAGAGUGUACUACAGACCACCCAUAUCAAGCCCAGAAGUGACGACAACAGCUAUCAAUCCAGAAAGGCUGACCGAAGUGUUGGAGUUCCUGAAGCUUGAGCAACCCUCGCGUCCAAUUAGAAGAACAUUCAACAUGUACUUUGGUGGAAGCAUUGAUGACAGCCAAAUAAGCACCAUUGAAGAAACAAUUACCAACGCAUGGGCCACCACACUUGGAAUACCUACCGAUGCUGUGUCAGUUAGAGUUGAUACAAUGGAUGACAACUACUUUAGUCGUACAAGCAACACUCAAGUAACCAGGGUAACAUACACUGUGUCCAUCCAAGGAGCGGACUCACACUGGACACGGUUUGUGGGGCUCAACGCUGGGACACUGAUACCUUACUUUAACUCACCCGAUCUUUAUAUUGUUGGGGGAGCGAUAAUCAGGACACAAGGAGGAACACUGCCAACUUCCACGAUAAGCACAGUGUCAGGGGUGACGACGGUGACGGCCAGUACCACAGCUGGCGCGACCACAACACAGACCAUCUACUUGACGGGCAACAUCAGCGAGGGCACUCAACCUGCAGUGGAGGAAGUUCUGCAGAAUGCCCUCAAUAAAUCAUCAAAUGAGGGUUCCUGUUGUUUGAGACUGUACAUCAUCGAGAGGACCAGUUACAUUGAUCCCUCUGGUGUUGUUCUUACGGGCUAUCGCUACAAUGUGACCAACUCAACAAGCGGCAUGCCAGUUUCUCUCACUCCCGAGCAAACAACAAAUUUUACCAGAGAGGUCAACAACGAAAUUCUGAAAAGUGACCCUCUUCUGGCAGGAGGUGUAUAUGUGUACACAGACUCCAUACAGGGCCUGAAGACCACAGAACUCGCCUACUCUGUUGAUUUGAUUGGACGUAUACCAGAGUCGAGACAAAAUACUGUUCUUGACGCCAUUGAACAAGCAUGGCAGGAAGCCUAUCCAAAUUGUAGGUGUGUGUUCAAGGCAAACGUGGUUCAAAUUGAAGAAUUAUCCGGCGAUUAUGGCAUCACCGUGAGCCGUGUUUACUAUACAGUGACAAGAGAUGGCCAGCCCGAAGACCCCAGCACCGUACCAGCUCCAUCACGACAGGACGUCGUCAACGCUGUACAGCAGGACGCCGCCGUGAACCAAGUAUAUCCUGGGUCCCAGCUCAUCCCCUACAACCAGCGUCACGGGCUCCUGCUGAACAAGGUCGUUGACAUGGACAGCCCUGAAGGAACCUACAUCAGAAAUGCCAUUCAGACAGCAUGGAUUGACUGGAGAAAUGCAGAUCCUUCAGUUCCUGCAUCUCUUCGCAACGCUGAACUCGAUAUCCUAAUGCUUAAACCACUCAAGUACUACACACAAGACGGACGUCAGCUCACCAAGAUCGAAUAUUUUGUACUUCUCAACAACACUGUGGUUAUUGGACCAAAGAGAGCUAACAUCACAUUGACUGAUCCUCUGUUCUGUGACUGCGAAGCUGUCCCAGUUCCGUUUGUAGACGUCGACGGGGAACUCACGCCCCUUCAAAUGCAGAUACUUGGACUCAGUUUAAAUCCUCUUGAUACAAGUGGAGUCACAAUUGAAAGAGAAAAUUUCGUUGAUACCAAUGGCGGACCAGUGACAAGAGUGUACUACCGGCCUCCUAUAACAGGCCCCGGCGUUCAGUCCACAGAUGUCAGUCAGCAGAGACUGAACCAAAUACUGACCAAUCUGAACCUCCAGGAACCUUCAGACCCGAUAGACAAGUCCUUCAUACUUUACAUUGGCGGGAGACUUACGGACGAUGAUAGAGAUAACAUUGAGACGACAAUCAGGAGUGCUUGGAGUAGCACGUAUAACCUACCAGCCGGCGCUAUUUCGGUAAAAGUAAUCAACUUGGAUGACAGUUUUGUCAGCACGCCAGGCAACACGCCGGUGACACAGGUGAAGUACACCGUGACAGUUGAAGACGCCGAUUCCGGUUGGACACGGUUUGAUGGGGUGGACUCGGGAACACUUGGUCGGUAUUUCACCCCCACAGGGUUCACUGUGUUCCAAGGAGAAAUAAAAAACACACAAGUUACAACUACACCGCAAGGUACGACGCCGUUCACAGGAGAAACCGCUACUCCAACAACAGCGACGGGCACGACCAACUUCGUCAGCGUAAUCUACUUGAGAGGCAACAUCAGCGACAGCAACCAGGCAGCAGUGGAGGGCAUUCUGCAGAAUGCGCUUAAUAAAACAAAGAACGGUCCGUCAUGUUGCAUAGAGCUUCACAUUAUUGAGAAAACAACAUACCUGGAUGCAUAUGGGGAUGUGAUCACUGGCUAUCGGUUCAACGCCUCCAAUGGAACUGCCGCAAUUGUUUUGACACCAGACGAAACUUCAAAUUUCACAAAUGAAGUUAGGAAUGGAUUGCAGACAUCUGACGUCCUUCGAGGACAAGGAAUUGUGAUAUACCAAGGCUCCGUCCAGGGCCCAACGGACACGUACAGUGUUGAUUUCGUUGGGGAUGUUCCAGAAACACGAAAACAAGCUGUGUUAACUGACAUUGAAAAGGCAUGGAGGAACACCUUUCCUGAAUGCGGAUGUGUGUUUCGUGCAAAUAUUGUUAAAAUGGAUGAAUUCUUAGGAGAUUUUGGUAUCAAAGUGACCAGGAUAAACUACAGGAUGACCAAGGACGGACUCGUCCAGGACCCUAAAACAGUAAUGCCUCCAACACGUCAGGUCUUCUACAACACAGUGCAGGGAGACGCCAGUGUCAACUCCAUCUACUCCGGUGCCACACUCAUCCCUUACAGCCAGCACCACAAUGUGUUCCUGAGCAAGGUGGUGGACAUGAGCAGUGACGAGGGGCAACAAGUCCUGGAUCAGAUCAGAUCAACCUGGAUCACAUGGAGAAACACUUCUCCCGCAGUUCCCGAAAAUCUGAAAUUGGCUCCAGUCGAAAUCAAGCUUCUAAGACCACUUAUUUACUACACUCAGGAUGGAAGACAACUGACCAAACUGGAGUAUUUCGUCAUAUUGAAUGGCACCAAUGUCAUUGGACCUCAACAACAGACAGACAGUGUCACCUUUACGGGGCCAUUGUUCUGUGACUGUGAAGCAAUUCCGGUUCCGUUUGUGGAGGUCAAAGGUCGCCUCUCUUCUGCACAGCUUCAGACCCUUGGUUUCAAUCUUAAUCCAUCAGAUGGAUCAGCAGUCAGCAGCGAGAUGUUUUUCAAUUCUAAAAACGAGCCAGUGACACGAGUUUACUACAGACCUCCCGUAUCUAACCCGGAUGUAACAUCAACUGUUAUCAAUCAGCAAAGGUUAAAUCAAAUAUUAACCAAUCAGAAUCUUGAACAGCCUUCACUGCCAACAGAGAAGUUGUUUACCAUCAAUAUUGCUGGGCGUACAGGAAAUAAUAACAGAAACGCCAUCAUUCAGAUCCUCAAAAACCUUUGGGUUACAACCUUCAACGUCCCAUCUGAUUCCGUGUCUAUUGAUAUCAAGACCAUUGAUGAGAAUUAUGUUAGUUCAACAAGCAACGCACCGGUUACCCAGGUAACCUACACAGUGGCCAUCCAAGGAGUGGAUUCACACUUGACACAGUUUGAAGGAGUGGACCCUGGGACGCUCGGCCAAUAUUUGAGAUCUAUUGGGAUUAUUUUGGUUGAAGGAGAUGUAGUCCGGGUACAGGGUAGAACCACACCUUCGUCAGGAACAGGACAAACCGCUAAUCCAACAACACCGACAGGCACGACCAACACUGUCAACGUCAUUGUCUUGAGGGGCAACGUCAGUGACAGCUAUCGGGCAGCCGUAGAGGAACUUCUGCAGAAUGCACUGAAUAAAACCAAGAAUGGUCCCUCCUGUUGUAUACAGCUGUAUGUCAUUGAACAAUCAACAAUCUUUGAUCCAAAUGGUGAUGUCCUCACUAGUUAUCGUUUUAACGCCACCAACAGCAGUGCGCCAGUCAUGCUGACUCCCGAAGAAAUUGCAAAUUUCACAUAUGAAGUGAGCAAUGGUUUACAGACAUCUGAAGUCCUCCGAGGACAAGGAAUUGUGAUAUACCAAGGCCCCGUGCAGGGCCCAACGAACACGUAUAGUGUUGAUUUCGUUGGGGAUGUACCAGAAACACGAAAACAAGCUGUGUUAACUGAUAUAAUAAAGGCAUGGAUGAACGCUUAUCCAGACUGCAGAUGUGAGUUUAAUGCCAAUGUUGUACGGACGGAUGAAUUCGCAGGAGAUUUCGGCAUCAAGGUAACCAGGGUAUACUACACAAUCACAAAGGACGGACUCGUCCAGGACCCUAAAACAGUAAUGCCCCCAACACGUCAGGUCUUCUACAACACAGUGCAGGGAGACGCCAGUGUCAACUCCAUCUACUCCGGUGCCACACUCAUCCCUUACAGCCAGCACCACAAUGUGUUCCUGAGCAAGGUGGUGGACAUGAGCAGUGACGAAGGGCAACAAGUCCUGGAUCAGAUAAGAUCGACCUGGAUCACAUGGAGAAACACUUCUCCCGCAGUUCCCGAAAAUCUGAAAUUGGCUCAAGUCGAAAUCAAGCUUCUAAGACCACUUAUUUACUACACUCAGGAUGGAAGACAACUGACCAAACUGGAGUAUUUCGUCAUAUUGAAUGGCACCAAUGUCAUUGGACCUCAACAACAGACAGACAGUGUCACCUUUACGGGGCCAUUGUUCUGUGACUGUGAAGCAAUUCCGGUUCCGUUUGUGGAGGUCAAAGGUCGCCUCUCUUCUGCACAGCUUCAGACCCUUGGUUUCAAUCUUAAUCCAUCAGAUGGAUCAGCAGUCAGCAGCGAGAUGUUUUUCAAUUCUAAAAACGAGCCAGUGACACGAGUUUACUACAGACCUCCCGUAUCUAACCCGGAUGUAACAUCAACUGCUAUCAAUCAGCAAAGGUUAAAUCAAAUAUUAACCAAUCAGAAUCUUGAACAGCCUUCACUGCCAACAGAGAAGUUGUUUACCAUCAAUAUUGCUGGGCGUACAGGAAAUAAUAACAGAAACGCCAUCAUUCAAAUCCUCAAAAACCUUUGGGUUACAACCUUCAACGUCCCAUCUGAUUCCGUGUCUAUUGAUAUCAAGACCAUUGAUGAGAAUUAUGUUAGUUCAACAAGCAACGCACCGGUUACCCAGGUAACCUACACAGUGGCCAUCCAAGGAGCAGAUUCACACUUGACACAGUUUGAAGGAGUGGACCCUGGGACGCUCGCCCAAUAUUUCAGAUCCUUUGGGAUUAUUUUGGUUGAAGGAGACGUAGUCCGGGUACAGGGUAGAACCACACCUUCGUCAGGAACAGGACAAACCGCUAAUCCAACAACACCGACAGGCACGACCAACACUGUCAACGUCAUUGUCUUGAGGGGCAACGUCAGUGACAGCUAUCGGGCAGCCGUAGAAGAACUUCUGCAGAAUGCACUGAAUAAAACCAAGAAUGGUCCCUCCUGUUGUAUACAGCUGUAUGUCAUUGAACAAUCAACAAUCUUUGAUCCAAAUGGUGAUGUCCUCACUAGUUAUCGUUUUAACGCCACCAACAGCAGUGCGCCAGUCAUGUUGACUCCUGAAGAAAUUGCAAAUUUCACAUACGAAGUGAGCAAUGGUUUACAGACAUCUGAAGUCCUCCGAGGACAAGGAAUUGUGAUAUACCAAGGCCCCGUGCAGGGCCCAGCGGACACGUAUAGUGUUGAUUUCGUUGGGGAUGUACCAGAAACACGAAAACAAGCUGUGUUAACUGAUAUAAUAAAGGCAUGGAUGAACGCUUAUCCAGACUGCAGAUGUGAGUUUAAUGCCAAUGUUGUACGGACGGAUGAAUUCGCAGGAGAUUUCGGCAUCAAGAUAACCAGGGUAUACUACACAAUCACAAAGGACGGAAAAGUCCAGGACCCUAAAACAGUAACGCCUCCAACACGUCAGGUCUUCUACAACACUGUGCAGGGAGACGCCAGUGUCAACUCCAUCUACUCCGGUGCCACACUCAUCCCUUACAGCCAGCACCACAAUGUGUUCCUGAGCAAGGUGGUGGACAUGAGCAGUGACGAGGGGCAACAAGUCCUGGAUCAGAUCAGAUCAACCUGGAUCACAUGGAGAAGCACUUCUCCUGCAGUGCCCGAAAACCUAAGACAGGCUCCCGUCGAAAUCAGGCUUUUGAGACCUUUGAUUUACUACACACAGGAUGGGAGGCAACUGACGAAACUGGAGUAUUUUGUUAUUUUGAAUGGCACCACUGUCAUUGGACCUCAGCCACAGACAGACAGUGUCACCUUUACUGGGCCAUUGUUCUGUGACUGUAACGCAAUUCCGGUUCCGUUCAUAGAAGUCAAAGGUCGCCUGUCGCCUGAUGAACUUAAGACCCUUGGAUCUACUCUCAAUCCCUCAGCUGGAGCGGUCACAAUGAGUGAAAUGUUCAUCAGUUCCAACAACGAGCCAGUGACACGAGUGUACUACAGACCCCCCAUAUCAGGCCCAGAUGUCACAUCAACAGCUGUCAGUCAGCAGACUCUGAAUCAAAUAUUAACCAAUUGGAAUCUGGAACAGCCUACAAUGCCGACAGAAAAGUCCUUUGCACUGAACUUUGCCGGUCGUAUUGGCGACAAUGACAGAAGUGCCAUCCAACAAACAAUACGAAAUCUUUGGGGUUCUACAUUCAACAUCUCAGCCAACCGUCUGAGUGUUGAUAUAAAGAGUAUGGAUGAUAGUUACGUCAGCUCAGCAAGCAACACACCUGUGACCCGGGUCAUCUACACAGUAACCAUACAAGGAGCGGACUCUCGCUGGACACAGUUUGAAGGAGUCGACCCUGGCACGCUAGGCCAAUAUUUCAGAUCUAACGGCUUCACCUUGGUUGAAGGAAAUGUUGAAAGAACCACACAGACAACCUCAGGAACAGGAUCGACGGCCACAACACCAUCCCCGACAGACAUGACCAACCUGGAUAGCGUUAUCUAUCUGACUGGCGACAUCAGCGACAACAAUCAGGCUGCUAUGGAGGAAAUCUUGAAGAAUGCUCUCAAUAAAACAAAGAACGGGCCUGCUUGUUGCAUAGAGCUACACAUCACUGACAAGACAAACUACUUGGACACUGCAGGAAACAUCAUCACUGCCUACCGGUAUAACGCCACCAAUGGAAGUACUCCCAUCGUCUUGACGCCCACAGAAAAGGACAAUUUCACCAGAGAGGUGAACAAUGAACUCCAAACAUCGGGACUCUUCCGAGGACAAGGAAUACAAGUAUACCAAGGCUUUAUACAAGCUCCCACAAGCACAUACACUGUUGAUUUCAUAGGCGAAAUGACCCAGGCCCAACGAGGAGCCGUUAUAACUGAUAUCGAGAAAGCAUGGCGUAGCUCUAAUCCCGAUUGCAGAUGUCUGUUCAAGGCUAGUAUUUUAACAACGGAGGAAUUAUCAGGAGAUUUUGGUACCCUGGUAACCAGAGUGUUCUACACAAUCACAAAGGACGGACAAGUCCAGGACCCUAAAAGCGUAACGCCUCCAACACGUCAGGUCUUCUACAACACAGUGCAGGGAGACGCCAGUGUCAACUCCAUCUACUCCGGUGCCACACUCAUCCCUUACAGCCAGCACCAAAAUGUGUUCCUGAGCAAGGUGGUGGACAUGAGCAGUGACGAGGGGCAACAAGUCCUGGAUCAGAUCAGAUUUACCUGGAACACAUGGAGAAACGCCGACCAAGCAGUACCUGAAAACCUGAGGAAUGCUCCAGUCGAGAUCCGACCACUUCGACCACUGCUGUACUACACACAAGACGGAAAAAGGCUGACAAAACUCGAGUAUUUCGUCAUUUUGAAUGGCACCAAUGUCAUUGGACCCCAACCACAGACAGAGAGGGUCACAGUGAAGGGCCCGCUAUUCUGUGAUUGCAAUGCAAUUCCGGUUCCGUUCAUUGAAGUCAAUGGUCUCCUUUCAUCAGAUCAGCUUAAGAGCCUUGGAUCUAGCCUCAACCCCUCAGAUGGAUCUGACACUAUAAGCGAACUUUUCAUCACUUCCAAUAAUGAACCAGUAACACGUGUGUACUACCUACCCCAAAUAUCAGGACCGGAUGUGAUGUCAACAGCCGUUAGUCCGCAGAGAGUAAAUCAAAUAUUGACCAAUCAGAACUUGGAAGAGCCUACACUGCCAACUGAAAAGACCUUCACCUUGAACUUUGAAGGAAGCGUUGGAAAUGAUAAGAGAGCACAAAUCCAACAGACCAUUAAAAAUCUUUGGAUUGGUACUUUCAACAUCCCCUCUGAUGCCCUGUCUGUUAACAUUGAAAGCCUAGAUGACGGUUAUGUCAGUUCAAGCAAUGCCCCUGUGACCAGAAUGACCUACACUGUGUCCAUCCGGGGAGCUGACUCCCGAUGGACGAGAUUUGAGGGCGUGGACCCGACUCGAUAUUUCACAACACCAGAUCUUGUCGUUUUCGGAGGUGAAAUAACUAGAAGAGGAUCCGGAACGAGUACUUCAACAACAAUGACUACACCUGGGCCGAUGUACCGUGUUGGGGGUAUCUAUUUGAAAGGAAACAUUAACGACCUCGAUCAGCCAGCAGUAGAAGCCUCAUUACAGAGAGCCAUGGACAGAAUCAACAGUGGAUCAUCCUGCUGUGUAAAGAUAGAUAUUCUGAAGCGGACAAACUAUAUUAACCCUGCAGAAGAGACGGUUGUAGGCUACCGGUACAACAUGACCAACUCUACUGGAGGAACGGUGAACGAACUCACCCCCGAACAAAGCAGAAUUUUGACUAAUGAGCUUAACAGAGAACUCCAGAGUGUGCCUCAGUUCCGAUGGAAUGGGGUUGCAGUGUACACUGGUCCCUCGGGGGGGCUCAGAAACCUUGGAAUCACCUACAGCAUGUCCAUCACUGGAACUGUCGAAGACAGACAAAACAUCGUUGAUGCCAUUGAACAAUCUUGGAGAAAUACCUAUCCUGACUGUGGUUGCCAGUUCAAAGCUGAUAUCUUUCUAACAAAACAACUCUCCGGCGAUUACGGCAUGGUCGUGACCAGAGUGUAUUACACCAUUACACGGGAUGGACAAGCUCAGAAUGCUGAAACUGUCCCCUCCCCUCCCCGAGAAGUACUCUCUGCAGCUGUAGACAACGACAAAACACUGAACCCCCUGUACUAUGGGUCCACCCUACUUCCCUACGACCAACAUCACAGUGUGGUGCUCAAUAGGGUUGUUGAUAUGACCAGUGAACAAGGCCAAGAGGUCUUACGCACAUUGCAGACAGAAUGGAAGAGGUGGCAGAACACAAACAGUGCAGUUCCAGACAAUCUACGUGCAGUGCCUUUGGAAAUUUUGCUACUGCGACCUCAGAAAUACUACACACAAGCAGGCACUUCCGUAACCAACGUUGAAUAUUUCGUCAAACUUGGUGAUAGAUACCUCAUUGGACCAGGCACCAGCAUCAAUUUGUCAGGCGGCAUCUUUUGCGAUUGUGACGCCAUCCCAGUACCUUUCGUAGAUGUGAAAGGACAGCUACAGUGGUCGAAGUUGCUUGAACUAGGAACUAGUCUCAACCCUGCAGACACUACUGGCUCAACUGUGGAUAGACAAAUGUUCUUAGACGGGAAUGGGGAACCAGUUACACGGGUGUUCUACAGACCGGCAAUAGAGGAUGGAAACGUUCAGUCAACCGCACUGAAGCCGGAAAGAUUGGAUGAAAUUUUAACCAAUCACAACCUUGAACGCCCUUCACUACCAAUAAAGAAAACAUUCACCUUUAAUUUUGAUGGCAGUCUCGGCGAUGACAAAAGAAAUACAGUCGCGGACGGUCUACUGAACGCCUGGAGUAGCAGUCUUGGGAUCCCCAAAGAAAAUGUGUCAGUCGUGGUCAGUGACAUGAACGACAAUUUCUACAGUACAACAAGUGCUGACCAAGUGACGCAGGUGACGUACACAGUGGCCCUUCUGGGAGGCGACUCCCACUGGACGAGGUUUGAAGGGGUGGACGCAGGGACUCUGGGUCAGAAAUUCAGUACCACCCCUGAAGCCACUCCAUGUGGGUGCUUAGCCCGCGAAGGUCGUGAGAUAAUGGUAACAGGCGUUGUGGGUAAUGAUACUGCUGGCCUGGAAACUGCUCUCACUAAAGCCUGGAUGCAGGCCAACCCAGAUUAUACUGGUACGCUGACAGUCGGAAUCAAGAAGGUUGAAGGGGAUGCGCCAACAAAACUCCGGUAUAUUGUGACACCAGCCGGAGGUCCAUCAGCUUUUACAGAGAAUGACUUGACAACACCACAAGAUGAUCUGAUAGGAAAUGAAAUAUCCCCCUUAGACUUAACAGUUUACAAGGGGAAAAAUGACGACGAGUCAAAUACGUCUGACUGGGCCAUUCCACUUGGGAUCGUCCUCGGUCUACUAUUGCUAUUGAUUAUCAUCAUAGUGAUCGUGUUGGUGAUACGAAACAGAAGGAGACGACAAGCUCGAACGAUUGAAAAUGAUGCCUCAAAAUUUCAAGAAAGGUCUUACGACAAGGAGCACUUUACAACCCAGCCUGUUUAUUUUGAAAACGAGGUGUACUCGGAAUCACAAGGAUUUUAUGUCGUUAAUGCUGACGAAAGCAAAAGCAGCCUUUAACUGACAAUGUAUACAAGAUCCUUAUUAUCAUCUCAUUCUUUUUCUCAACAAUAACAUUAUGCAUUUUAUGUCCAAUGUUCCAUAUUUCUUUGUUGUAUGUUUUGUUUGGACUUUGACUUUUCAUAAUCUUUUUUUCACUGAGGAGUCAUUUAUUGAAACAAUUAUGUUUAUUGAUAUGUUUCUUACUUAAGCGAUUUCGUUUAAAUGUUACAUGAAAUAUGUUCAAAAUGAAAGAAUUACGAAAUUGAUUCUUUUGUAGAGUGUAAAUGGUCUUGCCAAAUGAACGCUGGUCGUUCCCUUGAUGUCUAUGAUUGUUAUCUAGUCUACAUGUAUAAUACAAGAUGUACAUAUGUUUGUAAAUAUCCCCGAGCUUUUUUCUAACAUAAACCACUUUUAUAACA